AUGCUGUCGCAGCUGCUGCUGCUCACCUCGCUGCUCCUAGCGAUGCAGCUGGCAGCCGCCGCGCAGCCUAGCCAAUCUCCCAACAACAACAACAACAACAACAACGAUAACAACAACAACAACAACAACAAGUCCUGCCUCUGUCAGACUUCCAGCUGUCUAUGCUGCAUCGAGUUGAAUCUCACCUCGUCGAUCGACCUGGGGGGUGCAGCCUGCGUCAACGUCCAGCACCGCCAGCGCAACGUCUCCUUGAACUUGAACUACGGCGACAACCCCACGCACAACGCCACCAUCGCACUCGACGGAGCCGCGCACAAGCCGACCUGCAUGAAUCUGCUCUCGGACCUUGCUCAGAUCUGCGCAAAGUUCGAGUCGAUGAGCCGCGUCCAGGCCGCCGUCGACGAGCCCACCUACAACGGAUGCCUCGUGCUGCAACCGGCCUUGCUCGGUACUCCCCAAGCGACCUACCCAGUAGGUUGCUUCUCUUUCGACCACGGCCAGGUGCGACAAAUUCAAUCUUAUAGCCCUCCGGCUUCGGAAUCGUCGCAAGCUCCGCAAAACCCAGCCGAGCCAGAAGAAGAGGACGAGGAAGAAGACGACGACGAUCAGAGCAUCAAUGCCGAGGAGCUGUUGGCCGUGGUGUCGGCUAGCGCCGAGCAGGGCAUUGCCCUGUUCUCGCAGUGGCUCGGACUGAACUUGGCUCCGAGGGUCAAUUUGACCUCGCUCGUCAAGCCCGCGCCGCUCAACGCCACGCGCAGAGACAGACAACUGCAGCAGCCGAGCGUGGCAGGCAGACGCGGACGCACCAUAUCCAUCCUCGGUGACCACGACCAGGACAGCAGAAACGAUGAAAAGUUCAAGCAGCUCCUGAGCGCGCAGGACAACGUUUUGAGAGAAUCGGCGACCAUCGGCGACUCUUCCGCUGCGGGUAUGGGCACGGUAUUCUUUUAUCCGCAACUCGACGCGCCUCAAGCUAACUCGAGGCCCGAAGCGAUCGCGAUAUCGCCCGAAAAUCUGGCCAUCGUAUCCUCGGAAUCUCGUCGAGGUGGACGAGCCUAUAACAUUCAUCAACACGUCAAUGAAGUUUGAUUGUAAUCGACUGCACUGAUAUCAUUAUCACCAUCACUAUUCGAUAGUUUUAAUUAAGACAUUAAUACUGCGCUGUACGCCGACGACAGUUAUUUGCAAUAACGUGCACGAUUGUUCUGUUCGUGUUUCGGCUUAAAUGUGUA